CGCUGUCAGCCGCUGCACGAGGAAGUAAACAACACUGAACUGAACGGACAACUCUGUGGAAACAGGACCGGCUGUCCAAAUGACGUCCCUGAUUUGCACUUUACAAGACCAUCGAGAUGAUGUCAACUGGUGCGCCUUUUCUGGCGAACUGCUCGCCACAUGCUCUGGAGACAAAACUCUCAGGAUAUACAACACCCGAGACUUCGCAGAACUGCCCUUCUCCCCGCUGUCAGGACACGGAUACAGCGUCCACUGCUGCUGCUUCAGCACCUGCGGACAGUUCCUCGCCUCGUGUUCCACUGAUGCAACCACAGUGAUCUGGUCCAUGGUCACAGGUGAAAUCGAGGCCGUCCUGGAGCAUCCUGGUCGUAGUCCUGUGAGGAUCUGUGCGAUCUCUCCUGACUCUGUCCACCUGGUUUCUGGAGCAUCGGAUGGCACUUUGGCUCUGUGGGAUUUUCCCUCCAAACAGCUACGCAGGACUGGAGCAGUGAAUGACACAACAAUGGUGGCCUGCUCCUUCAGCCCCUGCAGUCAGGUGUUUGUGACCGGCUCCACCUACGGAGACCUGCGUCUGUGGGACCUGGACAUGAACCAGCUCCAUGCAGAGAAAAAUGCCCAUGACCUGGGGGUCACCUCCUGCACCUUUGCUCCCAGCAUCCUCAGUGGUGGUCAAGUCGUGCAGUUUCGUCUGGCGUCCUGCGGGCAAGACAGUCUCCUGAAGAUCUGGGCCAUUAACAAGUUCAGCCCUGGAGGUUAUAAGAUGCAGCUCCUGCACACAUUAACAGGCCAGUCGGCUCCGGUCCUCUCCUGUGCAUACUCCUCAGAUGGGCAGCUUCUUGUGUCUGGCUCUGUGGACAAAACUGUCACAAUCUAUGAUGCUAACAAUGCAGUUUUGCUUUACACGCUGAACCAGCACGAGAGGUACGUGACGGCAUGUGCCUUCUCUCCAACUUCACCACUAAUUGCUACAGGAUCUAUGGAUAAGACUGUAAACAUCUGGAGGCUGGAGGAUGGAUGCAGUAACCAUGUUGGAAAGUCGUUGCCUGCACUGUCUGCUCUGACAUCAAGUGAAGGAGGAACCUCAGCAGGCCGAUCCAGGCUGCUGGUCGGUGAUUGGUCGGAGGAGGAUGUGUCAGUGUGGCUGGUGGAGGAAGGCCUCGGGGGAUUGGUGGACACAUUUGCGGCCAACAACAUAGAUGGGACAGAGCUGCUCAGUCUCACCAAGGAAACACUGGCGUCAGAGCUGCACAUAGAGUCAGUAGGCCUGCGCAAACUCCUGAGGAAGGUGGCAGAGCUGAAGAGUGAUUCAGUGUGUUCAGGCAUUCCUGAUGAGUUCCUUUGUCCAAUCACCAGAGAGCUUAUGAGGGAACCUGUCAUCCCAACAGAUGGAUACUCAUAUGAAAGGGAGGCCAUUGAGAGCUGGAUCAACACUAAGAACCGCUCUAGCCCGAUGACCAACCUCCCCUUACUGACCACUCUGCUCACCCCUAAUCACACCCUGAAGAUGGCUAUUGGCCGCUGGAAGACCAGCCACCAGCAGCUGAAAGACCUCUGACCCACAGUGCCCUAAACAGUUUCUCAAAGGUAGAAAGACAAGACAUUUCAGGUAUAGGCAAAUCUGUACACAUGCCACAAAUGAAACAAAAGCACUAUUUUUCUGUUAGCAUUACUUUGUAAAGCUGCAAUUUUUUGGCCACUGUGGAGCAAAGGGGCAAAAUUGCAGCAACAGCUCUAAAAGUUGUAUUCCCUCAACAGUUGGUAGAGACCAAAAAGAGCUAAAGGAAAUUCAAUGUAGGACUUAAAUUCACCACGCAGCCACAAACAAAAGUUCAAUUGAAUGUUAAUGUUGAUCAAUAACUGUUAUUUGUGCAAAUUAGCAACUUUUGACUGACAACAUCCACAUAGCAACUUAAAACAUAUGUGGAAGCUGUUUGUGCUGCCCGUGAGUGGCCAAAAAAUCAGCAGUUGCAGCUUUAAAGGAACAGGGACAUUUUGAUGCAAUACCACAAGUGGCCACUGGGGAAAACUGGCUGCGAGUAAACCCUGAAGGCUGCCAUCUUGUCAUCUGGUAUCUAGUUAUUGUUAUACAUAUGAUGCAUACACAGAGCUAUGUGGAAACAAGGCAUUACUUCCUUGUGCUACAGCUAACAUCCAAUUCUUAAUGAUAUUGAUGACAUUAAUGAAGACAUUUUCUGUGAUAUUCAGAAAUUGAAAUGUCAACAAUUUUAUACAUGUAUUUUAUUUUGUUUGCGCGAUUAAAUGUCAGUUUCUAUGAGCUCAGUUGUACUGUGAAACCUUUUAUCCAUCCAUACACACUCUGAAGCUUAAAACAAUUUAUGGAUUAUACUGUUAAAGAAGAAGAUGUAGAAAUGUGGUCCUCCAUUAAUAUUUUAUUAUACCACAGUAAUAAUGUGGUAACAUUCUGUAAUCCAUAGUAUGACUGAAAGGGUGUAUAUGACAACUAUGGACAUACUGCAGUGUACGAAGUCUAAAGAUUUUCUAUCCAUGACUGCUGCUCGUGUAAACACUUCCUCUCUCUCUGUCUAAAUAAACACUCCAUAUGAAUGUGCUCUGCUAUGAAAAAAUAAAUAACAUACUGUAAGUA